UUUCGCUCUAGCGCAAGCAAGCAAUGUAUCGCAUCCUGCGUGGGUUUGAAAAGCUGGAGGCCAUUGACGAUUUUUUCGGAGAAUCACACCUUUGGAAGGGCCAGUUACUAGUCAAUGUUUUCGGCGUCGACGAAGCAGCGGUCGGUAGCGAAAUCGUCGUUAAAGCGAAGUGCGCAUUUCGGAAUAAGUGAAGGACAGCGUGGUUUAUAACGUCCGGUUCGAGGUCCUGCCUACUGGGCGCGGCCUCCGCGACAUGGUGUCAGAAGUGUUGGAAGAACUUGACUACAAGACCAAAGGUACCGACCUCCGUUUGGUAACUCAGCAUGGCAAAAACCUCGUCUGAGGCAACCGGCCAGCAGCCUUCGUGGUUAGGCCUAACGCUUCAACAACCGGAGCCAUUCGACUUCAACAACCCAGCAAGUUGGGCCUCGUGGAAGACUCGCUUUGAAGACUAUGCCGUAGUUUCCGGAUUACAAGAAGCUACUCCGGAGGUUCGAAUACGCACGCUACUCUACUGUAUGGGGCCGGAAGCUCGCCCGCUUCUCGGCACUUUCUCACUCGACGCAGCUUCGCUGCAGUCGUACGACGCAGUAGUCAGCAGUUUCUCCGAGCAUUUCGUGCAUCCGGCGAACGAACUUUAUGAGUCCUCACGUUUCCACAAACGUGUUCAACAACCAGAAGAGAGCGUGGACGGCUUCUAUGCGGAACUCUGUAAGUUAGUGAAACGUUGCAACUAUCCUUCGGGGACAGUGGAAGAGCGGCUAGUCCGCGACAGGUUCGUCGUUGGGCUGCGGGAUGCAAGGCUCUCCGAACACUUAUGUCGUAACGCGAAGCUUACACUCAAAGAAGCAUGGACGCAAGCCCGUCAGUCGGAAGACGCGGACAAGCAACGAGCAAUGGAGCAAUCUCAAUCUUCCAGUGAAGUAACCCGGGUGUUGACCAUGGACGCUGCGCAAGCUCAGAAAAUGCCGCCUCGUCGACGCUCAAACGCCAAACGAAAAACUGUUCGCCCAGGUGAAAAGGACGGCCGUUAUGGCGACUCGACAUGUUUCUUCUGUGGCCGUGGACUUCACGCGCGUACAGAUUGUCCAGCGCGUAACUCUGUCUGCAAUUCCUGCGGGAAAAAGGGCCAUUUUGCGGAAGUUUGCCGUUCGCGGAAGCAGAAGUACAGCAACUUGAACACUAUUCAGCUGCACUCUCUGGGUUGCCAACCCUUAUUGAAGGCCAAGUUUGUUGACAUUACGGUGGACGACUACACUUCACAGUUCAAGGUAGACUCCGGAGCCGAGGUUUCUGCAGUCCCCAGUGGAUUUCCUACAGUUCCAGCGGAGCUUGACAAGGUUGAGGCCCUCUUGACAGGUCCUGGAGGCCAACCAUUACAAGUACAAGGCUCGUACGUGGCACGCCUUUACUGGCACGGAAAAGAAUCCUCGCAGCGUCUCUACGUCGUCGAUUCACUCACAGUGCCUUUGUUGGGUUUUCCGGCUAUCCAAGCCCUCGGAGUUGUUAAAUUUCUCGGUACAGUGGCCACUCCUGAAGCUAGGCUGAAUGCCGAACUGUUCCAGGGUCUUGGUACGCUGAGAGAGGAGUACACCAUCCGCUUGAAGCAAGACGCCGUCCCAUUUUCACUGAGCGCACCUCGUCGAAUCCCUAUUCCUCUUCGGGAGGUUGUUCGUCAAGAACUUAACAAAUUGGAACACGACGGUGUGAUUCGCCGUAUCGAGAAACCUACUCCCUGGUGCUCUGGGCUAGUGGUAGUCCCGAAACAGGAUGGGAAUUACCGUCUUUGCGUUGACCUCACACGACUAAACGAAGUAGUUCUCAGAGAGCGCCAUAUCUUGCCAACGGUUGAACAAGUUCUUGGUUUACUCGGUAAUGCUGCCGUCUUUUCUAAACUGGAUGCAACAGCAAGUUUCCACCAAGUCAGGUUGUCUCCCGAAUCACAGGACCUGACGACCUUCAUCACUCCUUUCGGUCGCUAUUGCUUUUGCCGGCUCCCCUUUGGAAUCACCUCAGCACCUGAGUAUUUCCAAAAACAGAUGUCGAGGAUUCUGGAAGGUCAGGAGGGAGUUGUCAACAUGAUUGAUGAUGUCCUGGUGUUUGGACGCAACCAGGAAGAACACGAUGCAAGACUCAAACAGGUGCUGUCUCGUCUUGCGGUCGCAGGAAUCACCUUGAAUCGAGACAAGUGUCGUUUCGGUGUGAAUGAAGUUUCGUUUUUGGGAGUCAUCGUUUCGGCACAAGGCAUAAAGCCUGAUCCAGCCAAGAUUGAGGCAAUCCAGACAAUGCCACCUCCCACAGAUGUCGCAGGCGUCAGACGUCUACUUGGCAUGGUUAAUCAUCUUGCACGAUUCAUACCACACGUGUCAGACAUCACGGCACCAAUUCGUGCCCUAUUGAAUUCCAAGGCCAGUUGGGUUUGGCAGCACGAACAAGAGACUGCAUUCACAAAGAUCAAGGAACUCCUAACGUCGAAUCGGUGCUUAGCAAAGUACCACCCAUCUUAUGCUACCACAGUUUCGUCUGAUGCAAGCUCUUUUGGACUUGGGGCCGUUCUCAUCCAAACGCAACCAAGUGGCGAACGCAGGCCGGUGGCCUUUGCUGCCAGGGCAAUGACUCCCACAGAACUCAGGUACAGUCAGACAGAAAAGGAGGCCUUGGCGACAGCAUGGGCAAUUCAACGGUUUGACGAGUUUGUCAGAGGCAUUGCCUUUACUGUGGAAACCGAUCACCUGCCCCUCGUUUCGCUGUUUGGCAAGAUGGAACUGGACAUUUUACCUCCGAGAGUUCAACGACUAAGACUAAAGACAAUGCGCUAUGAGUUCCAGAUGCUCUACGUCCCAGGGAAGUUGUUAGCCACAGCUGACACGUUGUCACGGUGUCCUCCUGUGCCUCAUGUGGAUGCGGUGGAACUCUUUGCAGUAGAAAUGGUUACACCAGAAGUGUUGCCUGUUAACUUACAGGCUGUAAGAAACGCACAAGUCUGCGAUGGGGAGUGUAGCACUCUAGUCUCCUUUUGUGAACAUGGCUGGCCACAUAAGUCAAAGUUGCCAGUCCAUGUGACUAAGUACUUGUCAGUGAAAGAUGAACUUUCUGUUUGCGAUGGACUUCUUCUCAAAGGCACUCGCCUUGUCAUCCCGGCGUCACUGCGAGCAGCAGUUUUGUGUCUUCUUCAUGAUGGACAUCAAGGUAUCAACCGUACGAAGUCCCUUGCUCGCGAGUCAGUAUGGUGGCCGGGAAUAUCAGCAGAAAUCAACUCCCUCGUCACAAACUGUGAAAAGUGUGCGGGUACCAGACAAAACCCUGCACAACCGCUCAUGUCCACUGACCUGCCCAGUCGUCCAUGGGAAGUUCUAGGCUUAGACUUGUUCCACCUUAACGGCCAAGUGUUUGUAAUGGUCGUGGAUUACUACUCACGCUAUCCAGAGGUAAUGACACUGAGAAGCACCACAGCCCAAGUUGUAAUUGGGGUACUUAAAAGCCUUUUUGCCCGGCAUGGGAUCCCUCAGCAAGUACGUUCGGAUAACGGACCCCCAUUUUCGUCGCGGGACUUUGCAGCCUUCGCCCUGUCCUAUGGCUUCGACCAUGUUACAAGUAGUCCACACUACGCACAGUCUAACGGAGAGGUCGAGAGGAUGAUUCGGACAGUAAAGGACCUACUACGUAAAGCAAAGGACCCGCAUCUAGCCCUCCUGAACUACAGAGACACACCGGGAGUGACCGGUUUUAGUCCAGCGCAGUUACUCAUGGGGAGGAGACUCCGAACACGAGUCCCAAAAACUGAAAAUCAACUUCGUGCACAGUGGCCGAAAAGGGAAGAGGUGGCAGGCAGGGGUGAACCCUACAAAAGGAAGAAGGCCCAGGACUUCAACAGGCAUCAUCAGGCUAGAGAGCUGCCGCCACUUCAGACUGGACAGCAGGUCUGGGUGCGUCCAGAGCAGGUACGCGCCACCGUGCUGAGCCCUGCUCAGCGUCCAAGGUCUUUUGUGGUCGAGACAGAGCGUGGUGCAAUUCUACAGCGCAACCGGAGGCACUUGGUGCCUUUCCUACAAAAGCUUCCUGCUCUUCCGGUACUACAGCCUCCAGUUUCAACGGACUCUGCACCAGGGACUGGUACCCCGGUCCUGCAACACGGUGAGCGUGACGGUGCCGGGUACACCCGUAGUGGCCGCCGUGUGAUCCCACCGGACCGUCUAAACUUGUGACUCUCAAAGGGGGGAGAUGUAGUGGUUGUGAAGCCACCGGUCAGUGGCGCCACCUAGGCGAACGGGUCUCCGAUGUAAGCUAUUGAAUAAAGACUUUACUUGUUGUUUUGG